AUGCAGGUGUCUAUCGCAUGUACCGAGCAGAAUCUUCGCAGCCGGAGCAGUGAGGACCGUCUGUGUGGACCCCGGCCGGGCCCCGGGGGCGGUAAUGGCGGGCCGGUCGGCGGGGGGCAUGGGAAUCCUCCGGGGGGAGGAGGGUCGGGCCCCAAGGCCCGGGCCGCAGUGGUUCCCCGACCCCCAGCGCCCGCUGGGGUCCUCCGAGAGAGCACCGGCCGAGGCACUGGCAUGAAAUACAGGAACCUAGGAAAGUCUGGUCUUCGGGUAUCCUGCCUUGGCCUAGGUACCUGGGUCACAUUUGGUUCUCAGAUCUCAGAUGAGACAGCAGAGGAUGUGCUGACAGUAGCCUAUGAGCAUGGCGUAAACCUGUUUGACACCACCGAAGUGUAUGCAGCGGGAAAGGCUGAAAGAACCCUAGGCAACAUCCUCAAGAGCAAAGGUUGGAGGAGAUCAAGCUAUGUCAUCACCACCAAGAUUUUUGGGGGAGGACAGGCAGAAACUGAGCGAGGCUUGAGCCGCAAACACAUCAUUGAGGGCUUGCGAGGAUCCCUGGAACGCCUCCAGCUGGGAUAUGUGGACAUCAUCUUCGCCAAUCGCUCAGACCCCAACAGUCCCAUGGAGGAGAUUGUGCGAGCCAUGACCUAUGUCAUCAACCAGGGCCUGGCCCUAUACUGGGGAACAUCCCGAUGGGGGGCUGCAGAAAUCAUGGAGGCCUACUCCAUGGCCAGACAGUUCAACCUGAUUCCUCCAGUGUGUGAACAAGCUGAGCACCAUCUGUUUCAGAGAGAGAAGGUGGAGAUGCAGCUGCCAGAGCUCUACCACAAGAUUGGUGUUGGCUCAGUCACCUGGUCCCCUCUGGCCUGUGGCCUCAUCACUAGCAAGUAUGAUGGGCGAGUCCCAGAUACCUGCAGGGUCAACAUCAAGGGCUACCAGUGGCACAAAGACAAAGUGCAGAGUGAGGAUGGCAAGAAGCAACAAGCCAAAGUCAUGGACCUUCUCCCCAUCGCUCACCAGCUGGGCUGCACCGUGGCGCAGCUUGCUAUUGCGUGGUGUCUCCGCAGUGAGGGUGUCAGCUCGGUCUUGCUAGGGGUGUCCAGUGCAGAGCAGCUGAUUGAACACCUGGGCGCCCUGCAGGUGCUGAGUCAGCUGACCCCGCAGACGGUGAUGGAGAUAGAAGGGCUCCUGGGCCACAAACCGCAUCUCAAGAAAUAGUCCGUCGGGGGCGCAGGGACCCAAACCGGAGCCGAUGCACCCCCCAGAACCGCUUCCCCCGCCCCCGCCCCGGAUCCCUCCACGCAGUGGCCGGAGCCAGGGAGGCCCCGCCCACUAACGAGUUCCGGCUACAGUAGCGAAAGCAUGAACAAAGCCAUAUCCUCCCGCAGUAGGGCUUGAGAGGGAGAGUAGUCCUCCGCUCCCUAUUGCGUUCUCCUAGGCCUCCCUGCUAAUCCUGGGCAUGAGCUACUGGUCUGUCCCCUCUCUGCCACUUGGCCUCGCUCCCUUCUCUCUCCCCCUAAUCGCCGAGGCCCAGGGGGGAAAAAAAGGCAGAUACAAGACCCAUGCAGAGUACCUCAAAAGUGCCCUUGAAAUGUCAUCAAGGGGUAACAACCUAAUAUGAAGUGAGUUUUGAUGUCAUCUGGGACAAAGGAGAUGGGGCUCUUACAUUCGUUACAAAGGAAGCCAGGCUGGUCCUGGCAGGAAG